CUGAAGACCUGAAGAAAAAAUAAAUCAAGAAAGUUAUCAGAGAUGUGCUGUUCGGAAAGCAGCAUUUCCUACCUAAGGAUCAUCAUCAGUGGCAGCAGCAGGGAUAAACAGCUGAGGCCGUCAUACCGCUAUCAACCACGUGCCUCGCGGUGACUAUCAUCACCACCACCACCACAAGACACCACUGCCACCACCACCACCACCACAAUGUCUAUGGCUGAGCCGAGAAGGAGAAAGAAAUGGACACUUAACCCCCGAGGAACCCUUUGGGCAAACGAUGAUUCAAAGUUUGGACAGAAAUUGAUGGAGAAGAUGGGCUGGUCAAAGGGCCGUGGCUUGGGUCGGGAGGGGCAAGGCAUGAAGGAGCACCUGUCUGUUAAGUUCAAGGAUGACAACAAAGGCAUUGGCUAUAAGGGCAGUGAUGAUGAAUGGAUCAAGCAUUAUGAAGACUUUGAGAAUGUGCUUGCCAACUUGAACAAGCAGGACAACACCCCCACGAACGGCACAGGUGACUCCAGCAACGACAGCACUGAGGCACCAGACCACAACAACGUCGGCAAGACAUCACUUGAAAGUUCAUCAAAAGCUUCCCGCUCUAGAGUUCAUUACCACAAGUUCACAAGGGGUAAAGACUUGAGCCGCUGCACCAAGGACGAUCUGGGCUGUAUUCUGGGGUCCAAGCGAGCCAAGCAGCUGGCCAGGGAAAAGAAGCUUGCUGAGACCAAGGAAGUGAAUGAUGAUGUGGAUGAGGUGGGCCAUGUGGACCACUCCAUGGGGGUGACCACCAUCAAAGGCUGCUCCAUGCAGGACUACUUCGCCCAGAAAAUGGAAGCAUUAAGAAACCGUGCUAAAAGUCAACCCGAGAUCGAAGCUGAGGAGAACCAGUGUGGUGGUGAGGAAGAGGAUAUGGGGAGGUCUGGGUUGGGGAUGAGCACUGGUGGUAGUGAACUCACCCCUGACUCCCCUGAUGGUGAAGAAGAGAACAGAGAAGAAAGGAGGAAGAAGAAGAAAAGGAAGAAGCAUCAGGUAGAGACAGAGGAAAUUAAUUCUGUUGAAACCAAAUCUGAAAAGUGUUGUGUUGAAGUAGAAGAAAAUAAUAUGCCAAAGAAGAAAAAGAAGAAAAAAAAGCAGGAAAGUAGUGAUUUUAAUGGCACUAAUGAGAUUGCAUGUGAAACCAGUGGUGUGGAGGCCAGUACUGAAAACACUGCUCAGAUUAAGUCAGUAGUUAAUGAAGAGACACAAAGAAAAAAGAAGAAAAGACAUUCUGGUCCUGUUGAAGAACAAGCCUUAAAUGCUGAAACAGAGGAGCAGUUUAGGGUAAAGAAAAAGAAAAAAAGGAAACAUACAGAAGUCACAGAUGAAAACAAUCCCUCCCAGUGCUUAGUAGUUGAGGAAAAUACCAAGAAAAAGAAGAAGAAGAAAUUGAAGGCUAAGGAAUAGCAGUGACUUCUGUGUUAAUAUAUGACAAGUGAGCAGAAAUGAUAGAGUUCUCAGAAGGUGAGGAAACCACCACCACUUGUCCAUGUUCCUUCCUGGACAGCCCUCCACAAGGGAUGACAGAGAAAUCCCCCAGGGCUUCAUUCCAUCAUUCAUGCCACACCACAUAUCCUCUCCAUCCACUCUUUCUUGUUUCAGACCAAAACACAUGAAAACCUACCUCCAUUACUUGUGUUCAUUACCUCUUUAUUCCAUGCUGAACCUUAUAGAUGGCAUUUCCAAGACAAGUUAUCUACUGUACCUCCCAAGUUUCAUGAUCCUCGACUUGGACAAAGUUUAAAUUCUUGUCAUCCCAACUUUUCCACAUUAUUUCUUCAAGUUUUUUUUUUGCUUUCACUGCAUGUGGAGGUCACAUGUUCCUACCAUUGGUGUUACAAACAGCAAAAAUAAAUACAUACAUGCUUUGUAUUGUAUACGCACUUCCGUGUACAGUUCACAUACCUGAACAUACAUAUUCUUUAUUUGGAUAAACCACUUGUUAACCACAACACUAGUCAUGCCAGCUUUCAUGACAGAGAAGGGUAAUGAAGUCUGGCGACAGUGCUGCUGCAUUGCAAAAAAACACAAACAAAUGAGAGGUGUCUUAUGACUGGCAGACGUGAUGGUGCUACACCACUGAAUCACUCCAGAUGUAAAGGCAAAACUCUCAGUUUUAGAUGUGAUGGUACUGCACCACCACACCACCAGAUUUGAGGACAAAACACACACACACACACACACACACACACACACACACACACACACACACACACACACACACACAGAGUAUCAUUUUAUCUUUUAUCCUUUCAUUCAGUAUGGCCAAUAUUUAAAGAUAUUUCUCUAAACCUAUUCUACAGGCCACACAACUUCUAAAGUUCCCUUUCUAUCACACACACACAUAAUUGUUACUGUGCCCAUCUCUUCUUACAUCUUCAGUCAUUCUUAAGAUCAUCUCUGACUGGAGUGACUUCACCUGUCCAAUCUCCUCAGAGUUAUUUAUGGCAGCCUAUCUAUCGAUCUACAUAUAUAUAUAUAUAUAUAUAUAUAUAUAUAUAUAUAUAUAUAUAUAUAUAUAUAUAUAUAUAUAUAUAUAUAUAUAUAUAUAUAUAUAUAUAUAUAUAUAUAUAUAUAUACCAGUCUGGCAAUCCCUCUGGGCCAUCCUGUGUGGGAUUACUGGCCUGGUAUGUAGAUACAGCUAGAGUUUAUAUAGGCACAAGGAGCCAUAAGAAUCAGAAAUGUGUAAAUGUAAGAGGCCUUGAAACAAGGAGAGGCUCUUUGUUGGAAUUAUGAUCAAUUAAUUACUAGAAGUAACAUCAGUAUAUGGGAGGCAGAACUUCGGGUUGACCUUGAUUAAUACCUUUGUGAACUGUGUUGGGAUGCACUGCUCAUGUAACAGUUAUUCCUGUCAAUAAAUCUUUGAACGACU